AUGUCUCGCAAAGAUUUCCGAGAGGGCAAUGUGACGGAGGAGCAGAUUGCUGCACGGAAGGAGCGGCAUAUACAGAGACGUGCACGGCCGCCAAAGGCAGAGAAGCUGGCUGCAGAAAUGCAAGACAUCAAGGAAGAAGUUGAUGCGGCAAUGGCCGGCAGAGAGCAGCCCUCCUCAUCAUCUAGACAGUCUGCAGAGCCAGAGGCCCCUGCCGCAAAGAGCAAGAACCAACCGAGGAAGCGCUCCAUCUGGUUUGAAGAAAAUGUUGAGGCAGAGGCCCAGGCGGAAAGGGAGGCUGCUGCCGCUGAGGCCGCUGCUGCCGAGGCCGAUUCUAUCUUCUGCCAGAUAGAUGAUCGGCAGAUCCAUGCCAGUUGGAAGCCGUUUGUGGAAGCCCUCGGCUGCACUGUGGCGGAUGCUUGGGCUGUAUGCUGGCCGGAGGAAGACAUCAUGGAGGCCAUCCGCAGCUUUAAGGUACAGACAGCCACAGCCAAGAGGCCGACCCUGUUUAUGUUCCACAGCUUCAAUCCGGAUGCCUACACGCACUGCGACAUCUGUGCGAAACGAUGCUUGGACAUGGGCUUGGAUGUUCACUUGGUGAGGGGGUUGGAUCCGACAUCCAAGCAUGCCGCGGACCUCAUGGCACGUCUUAAGGUGCAGAAUGCAAACAGAGCCCGAACAGCUUGGACUUUUUUUGGGCUCCCAUACAUCCUACACUGUUUGAGUAUUCAUGGACUGAGUGAUCAUGAGUGGUUCUUCGUGGCUGAGGAUUCUUGCUUCUUGUUUACAGCGUCGACUUUGGAAAGCAUGCAGGCGCUCACAAGCAACAUCGAGGCGUUCCCAGAGUUUGCCCGCCAGGCCGGACUGUGUGGUUAUCAAUUGGCUUACCGGCGCCUUGCUAGCACGAAGAGGACGUGCAAGCCGCUGGACCCGCUGACAGGGAAGGAGAUCACGGACGCCAACUCGAUCUCCUUCAGGCGGGCCAUUGGUGCCAAGCUCUUCCUGGUUCAGGGAGGGUGGCUACGCCUUUUGCACAAGGCGUCGCUGCAGCUGGAACGCACCUACUUCUUCGAUCACACGGUUGGUCUGAUGCGUUCAUCGGCGUUAUUGUUGUAUUCGUCGCCCAUCAUGGGUGGGUCGGCCAGGCAUUUCAGCUUGGUUGACGGCGGCCGAAUGCAGGAGGCAGAGAUGGGCCAGUGA